AUGACAGAAAUAAAUAAAUACGAGACGAUUAUUACAAUUCUGAAAAAUCUAAACAAUCCUAAAUUUGCUUCAUAAUAUGAACAACAACUCAAUCGUCUUCCCUUCUUUAACUUUUAUAAAUAAGUCUUUAAAACAGAUUCAUUUACUCAAAAUGCAUUUAAGUAUAUCUAACUUCUCUAUCUUAAAAAAGGAUAGGUGUAUAAACAUUAAAGUAUAUUGUCUAUUUAUAUAAAAGCUGAUUCCAUUGAAAGUGUAAUUAUACUACUUGAAGGAACUUUAUCUUUGAUCAAAAAUGAUUAGAAGAAACAAAAAAUUAUAACAAAAAUAUAACCACCAGAUCAUCUUUUUUAAGCAGAGAUUUAUAAGAAAGUUGCUUAUUCAAAAUAUAAAAUUAUGGCUCUAACAGAUUGCACAGCCAUAUCAUUAAGUUUUAUUUCAAUCCAUGAGGUAUUAAUAAUUAUAUUCUUAGAUAUCAGUUUAUGGAUUCCAUUUUGCUAAAUAUAAGGAAGAAGUGGAAUAUUUUAGAAUAUAAUUUCCAAAUGUUAAACCAAUUGAAUUUAUUCCAUUUAUAAAGAAAUUGAAAAAAGAAUAUUUUUAGAAUAAUGUUAAAAUUUAUACAGCCAAUUAAUAAGCCAAUAAAGUUUAUUUUAUUAUCUCUGGAGAAGUUGAAGUAUUUUUAUAUAAGAAAUAUUUCAAGAUUUAUGCUGAAAAUGAAGAUGGUAAAUUCUAAAGAGUAACAAUUGCGUAUGAAAAUGAUAGUUUUGGUGAAGAAGCUUUAUCAACAUCUAUUCCUAGAUUAUAUAAAUAUACAGCAAAGACUUAAUAUUUUAAGAAAACUACAGCUUUUGUUUUUGAAGUAAAUAAUUAAUUGUAUAAGAUUGAUGAUUAUUGUCACAUCUAUGCUCCUAAUCUUAUUAAAUAAUUAGAAGAUAAAAUGAGAUUCAAAGAAAAUCUUAUAUAAUAAAAAAUAAAACAAACAAGUACUUUGCCUACAAUUAUUAAUGGAUCCCUGAAAAAGCCUUUUUAAUAGUAAAGUCAUCAAUUUAUGUGUCAGAUUCUUGCCUAUUGUUUCACCCACAUCAAAAGCAUCUUCCAUUAAAAUUAAUAGAACAAUCAGUCUUAAUGAUGUAAGAUUGCUAAAUUUUAUGGAACUCAAUAAUCCAGACAAAAAUUAUUUGAAUCGACAAUUAAUUAUAGAGCAACCUGAUGAGCAAAGUAAUUAAUCAAGAGAUAGAACUAAAUCUGUGGAAUUCUAAAAAUUAUUGAAUCAUAAAUCAGAUUCUUAAAAACUUCCUUAAAUUAAAUUAUAUUGA